AUGGGAGCUAUUCUAAAUCAAUUAUCCUACACAGAAGUAGAUACAUUAGAAAACACGUCUCCUGAUCGUGGUGAUUGGUUGACUAACCAUGCAGAUGCAACCGGUUUAGCAACAGUUGAAGUUGAACGUUUAUGGAGGCGAUUUCGACAAAUAACGGAAUCUGAUGAUGAAACAAUAUUAUAUCUAAAUGAUAAGCCGUUACCAAAGGAAUUGCCGAAUGAUAUUUUUGUUAGAAAUUUUUUACAACAUUUUCCUCGUUCGAAAUUAGAUCAUGAGGCUAUACCAUUUGGCCAUUUUAUAAUGGUUAUGUUUUGGCUUGACGGAGCUAGUCUUGACGCUAAAUUAGUCGGUGUGUUUCUAUAUCUCAAUAAUGGUGGACCAAUAACUGCUCCGAUGAUAGCUGUUCUGUUACGAUAUCUUUAUACAGAUAUUAAAGAUAGUGAAAUUAAACCAUUAUCAAUACAAUGUAUGAAACAAUUAGGAUCAAACGAAAAGGGUGAAUUAAAUCAAAAACAAUUUGUAGAAGGUGUAAAAAGACUUAUACCGCGCGAUGAACUCGAAGAAAUUCUUGGUUUUAAUAUAAUACCAGCAAAAUUACUGGAUGAGGUUAACAGAUUACCAUCACCUCAACUAUCAGUACCAAAUCCACGUAGUAAACUCAAUUUUCACGAUUAUGAUCUAGUAAGUAAUGACGAACUACAAAAAAUAUCACUUCAAGCUUCACGAAAAAAUUGGCCAAGAUUAGCAUAUACGCUGGGCUUUCUUGAAUAUGAUGUUGAGGCAUAUCAAGAAUUAAAAAAUUAUGAUUCAGAAGCAACAAUAUAUGCAUUACUACAAAUUUGGCGUGAGGAAGAAGGUGAUACAGCUACAAAACAACGACUUCGAGAGGCUUUAAGCGAAAGUGAACUUGAUGAACUUAUUCCAAUUCUUAAUUAA